CAGCCGAGCUGUCUGUUAGCAUUUCACAAAUGGUGUUCUAUAAAAUCUGGAUUCCAAGAAUCCAUGAGCUGCUAGCUUUCUUUUCUUUUUCUGUUUCAUCUUUGGAGAGAAGUGGGAUCAGAAAAGGGAUGAGGAUGACUACUUCAAUGGAUGUGCUACAGGGUUUCAUCUUCUUGUUCGUGGUUUUCUUGGCCACAGCAGUGUGGGUUCAGGGGCACCAUGAAACAGAAUUUAUAAGUAUCGAUUGUGGGAUACCUGAUCAAGGCAACCCUGAUGAGAAAACCGGCAUAAAUUACUCAGUUGAUAGCAAUAACAUUGAGACUGGAGUAAACGUGAAUCUCUCUCCUUACUACUUAUCUGAGACUCACGACAAGCGGCUGUAUACUGUAAGAAGCUUUCCUGAAGGACGCAAGAAUUGUUACACCCUGAGGCCUGAAGAUGGCAAGAACAACAAGUACUUGAUCAGAGCUUCCUUCAUGUAUGGAAACUACGAUGGGAGCAACAAGUUGCCAACGUUUGAUCUCUAUCUUGGGGUGAAUCACUGGGACACGUUGACAUUUGACAAUGCAUCUCAUAUCCAGACCAAGGAAAUUAUACACGUGGCACCAGCAGACGACAUCUACGUCUGCCUCUUGGACAAGGGUCAAGGAACACCUUUCAUCUCCUCUCUGGAGCUUAGGCCUCUGAAUGAUUCCAUAUAUGAAACUGAGUCAGGAGCACUGGUACUCAUCCACCGCCUUGACAUUGGAUCCAUCAGUAGUGAACAGAAAGUCAGGUUCCCAGACGACAUCUACGAUCGCAUUUGGUUGCCCUCUAGCUGGUCAAAUGUGGAUCCAAUCAAAGCCUCAUCUCCCGUUGAAUCUGAGGAUAACAUCUACACCCCACCAUCAACGGUCAUGAGAACUGCAGUCCAACCAAAGAACGGCGGUGAUUCAUUGGAGUACCAGUUGAGAGUGAGAGACACCACCUUAAGAUUUCGUACCUACUUAUACUUUGCAGAACUCGAGUAUCAGAACCAGUCGAGACAGUUCAGCAUCUAUUUUAAUGGUUUACUGUUGGAAGAAGUUGGAUCAGUUGUUCCUCGUUACCUAUCUUCAAGUACUAGGAGUUUCACACAAACAUUAAGUGGGCCUGAUAUUCAAAUCUCCCUCAGAAGCUCGAAUGAGUCUAAGCUUCCGCCCAUCCUCAACGCCAUUGAAUUUUACUUAGUCAAGCAGCUCAAGCAGCUCCCAACAAAUAAUGAAGAUUUUCAUGUGAUCACGGACAUCAAACGCACAUACAAGGUGAAGAAAAUUUGGCAAGGAGAUCCAUGUGCUCCAGUGGGUUACGCGUGGGAUGGUCUGAAUUGCAGCUAUGUUGGUGUUAAUCCUCCAAGAAUCAUCUCAUUGAACCUAUCUGGAAGUGGAUUAACUGGGGAAAUAGAUUCUUCUCUGCGAAACCUCACAUCUUUACAGAGCUUGGAUCUAUCAUACAAUGAUUUAGGUGGAUCAGUACCUGACUUUCUAUCGGAACUACCAUCACUGAAGUUCUUGAAUUUAGCAGGAAACAAACUCUCAGGAUCCGUUCCUACGGCUCUCAUUGAAAAAUCGAAGAAUGGGUUACUUUUAAGUUUGGAAGACAAUCCAAAGCUUUGUCCAUCUUCAUGCAAAAAGAAGAAAAAUAUUAUUGUUCCAGUGGUUGCAUCAAUUACUUCUGUGUUAGUCAUCUUAGUUGUCGUAGUUAUUUUUUGGAGCUUGAAAAGGAGUAAACAAAGAGAAGAUGGGCUAUCAGGAUCAAAGAAUCAUCAACAUAGUAUUGGGUCCUUGGAAUCAAAUAAUCGACGAUUUACACACUCCGAAGUUGUAAGGAUUACUAAAAACUUUGAAAAGACCCUUGGCAAAGGAGGAUCUGGAACUGUUUAUCAUGGUCACUUGGAAGAUUACACUCAAGUUGCUGUCAAAAUGCUCUCUCCAUCAUCUACAGAAGGGUUCAAAGAAUUUCGGACUGAGGUUCAACUCCUAUUAAGAGUUCAUCAUAGGAAUUUAGCAUCAUUCAUUGGUUACUGUGAUGAAGGCACAAGCAAAGCUCUCAUAUAUGAGUACAUGGCAAAUGGAAACUUACGCAACUAUCUUUCAGGUAAGAAUGCAAAUGCCUUAAGUUGGGAAGACAGACUUCGAAUAGCAAUUGAUGCAGCACAAGGAUUGGAAUAUUUACACAAUGGUUGCAAGCCACCAAUAAUUCAUAGAGAUGUUAAGACAUCCAACAUCUUAUUGAAUGAAAGAUUGCAAGCUAAAUUAGCAGACUUUGGGCUUUCCAAGGAUAUACCCAAUGAAGAUGGCACUCAUGUAUCAACAACAGUCAUUGGGACACUAGGCUACCUAGAUCCUGAGUACUACAAUUCUAACAAAUUGAAUGAGAAAAGUGAUGUUUAUGGCUUUGGGAUUGUCCUCUUAGAGCUAAUCACAGGCCGACCAGCACUUGUAGGAAGUGAUACCAUGAUUCACAUAGUGCAAUGGGUAGGUCCCUUGUUUGUAAGAGGGGAAAUAAAAGGCAUAGUUGAUCAAAGAUUACAAGGAGAUUACAACAUCAAUUCCAUAUGGAAAGUUCUAGAGAUUGCAAUGGCAUGCACAGCACCAACUUCUAUUCAAAGGCCAAUUAUGACCAAUGUGUUAGUGGAACUAAAGGAGUCUUUGGAAAUCCAAACAGCUAAUAAUAUGAGUUGGAAAGUAAAGGAAGAACUGGAGACAAAAUCUACUGCAUCCUUUGGAAUGAGUUCUCUAGAUCUUUCAGCUGAAAUUGGUCCCUCAGCAAGGUAGUAAAUGAGCAUGUGUUUUGCAAAUAAAGUUUCCAUCCAUUACAUAGAUCUUACUAGUAUCAAUAACCUACCACUUCAAAAUGUUAGUGUCUAUCUAGCUAGUGUUUUGGAGUUAAUUUCUCUACUAUUUUCAUUGUUUGUACAAUUUUGAUAAACCAAUUAAUAAAUAAAUAGAAGAGUAAUUUAUUGGCUUCGUUUCCUUGCUAAAAAGUCAACAAGGAAAGUAAGGGAUUUUACCAA